UUCCCACCUCUUUGUUCCCCGGUACCUACUCCUUCCUCGGCGACGGCUGCGGCGGCGGAGGGCGGUGAUGUCGAAGCAGGCGAUGAUCGAGAGCCACCGAGAGGGCGCGGAGGUCCACCGCGGCGCUGACCUCUGCAAGAAGCAGUCGAUGGACCUACUGGCGGAGCUCCACCUGCCCAAGGCCCUCCUUCCGCUGGCGGCCGUGGAGGAGGUCGGCUACAACCGGGCCACCGGGUUCGUGUGGCUGAGGCAGAACAAGUCCACCACCCAUGUCUUCAAGGCCAUCGGAAAGACGGUAUCGUACGCGUCGGAGGUAACGGCCUUCGUGGAGGACCGCCGGAUGAAGCGGAUGACCGGGGUCAAGAGCCGGGAGCUCCUCAUCUGGGUCUCCAUCACCGACAUGUACAUUGACGAUCCCGAGUCCAAGCGGAUCACCUUCAAGACCCCCGCCGGGAUCGGCCGCUCCUUCCCGGUCUCCGCCUUCGAAGCCGACGCGGAUAAGGAAGAGGAGCGCGACGGCGGUGGCGGCGGUAAGUAAGGGACUAGAUCUAUAGUUGUGCUCUCUCUUUUCCUCUCGCAAAAUAAUUAGAUUACAGUACUGCAUGUGUGAGGAUGUGUUGUUUUGCGAUGAUGAUGAAGUGUUCGUGUGUAUAUUCUCUGCUCCGCAACGAUAAGUACUAGGCAUUGAGUUUGCUUAUGCGAACUUGUCAUCAGGAGGGAUUACGAAUUGGUAAGAAUGGGAUGUGAUGGAGAAUGUUGGUUGUUGAUUCACCAUCAAUGGGAAGCAUCCAAACAUGUUUCAUGUGAGUGAUGAGAAGAAACUUGUCACCGGAGGGGGGAGGAGAAGUUCUGAUCUUUGGCAUUUAGCAGACAUGGCCGAGUGCAGAGAAGUCCUCCAUACUGUAAAUACUAGGCCUUGAGUUUGUUUAUGUGAAUUUGUCAUCAGGAGGGAUCAGAACCGGGAAGAAGGGGAUGCAAGGUAGAGUCUUGGCUUGUUGAUUAACCAUGAACGGAAGGCAUAAAAACAUGUUUAGCAUGAGUGGAAAUAAGAAAACUUGUCAUUGGAGGAUGGAGGAAAGAUUCUUCUCUUUGGCAUUUAGCAGAUAUAGCUGAGUGCAGAUUACUCCUAACUAUAAAUACUAGGCAUUGAGUUUGUUUUCGUGAAUUUGUCAUCACAAGGAAUUAAAAUUGGGAACAAGGGGGGAUGCAAGGUGGAGUCUUGAGUUGUUGAUUUACCAUGGAUGUUAAGUAUAUAAACAUGUUGAGUAUGAGCGAAGAGAGAAAACUUGGUCAUCGGGGAGGGGAGGAAACAUUUUCUCUUUGGCAUUUAGCAGACAUGGCAGAGUGCAGGGUACUCCUAACCGUAAAUACUAGGCAUCAUCAAGUUUGUUUUUGUGAGUUUGGAUUACAAUUAGGAAGAAGGGGUUGUGACGUAGAGUCUUGGGUUGUUGAUUCACCAUGAAUGGGAGGUUAUAUAAACAUGAGUUUGUUUAUCUGAGUUUGGACUAUAAUUAGGAAGAAGGGGUGUGGGAUAGAGUCUUGAGUUGUUGAUUCGCCAUGAAUGGGAGGUACACAAACAUGAAGCCCGAGUGAAAAGAAGAAAUCUGUCAUCGGAGCAGGGAGGGAAAAUUCUUCUCUUUGGCAUUUAACAGAGAUGGCUGAGCUUUGAGUACUACUCCUAAUCAUAAAUGCUAGGUAUUUAGUUUGUUUAUGUGAAUUUGUCAUCAGGAGGGAUCACAAUCAGGAAGAAGGGGAUGGAAGGUGGAAGUCUUGGUUGUUGAUUCACCAUGGAUGUGAGGUAUAUAAACAUGUUGAUUGUGAAUGAAGAGAAGAACUUGUGAUUGUAGGGGGAGGAAAAAUUCCUCUCUCUGGCAUGUAGGCAGACAUGGUUGCGUGCAGGCAGAGAAGUACUAAUUAUAAAUGCUAGGCAUCGAGUUUGUCUAUGUGAAUUUGUCAUCAUGAAGGAUUACAAAUUGAAUGAAGGGGAUGUGUGGCUUUGUAAUGAUCCCAGAGACUUGCAUGGGAAGGAAGGCAUGUUCCAAUGUGUAACUCAAAGUAAACCAAGAACGCAGUACUGUCUUAAGUCAGAGUUGGACUUUUUAUCUUUCCUGAUUGCAACUAAAGGAUUUCAGAUUUUUCCUUUUGUUUCCCCCUUUUUUAAUGAAAGAUUCAAUCUUGCUCAUAAUUCUUGUCUGUUUGUCUGACAUUUAUCAGCUUGGUUAGUGAACUGUUAGGCAGGAAUCAAGGAGAUUACUCGGUCGUUGACUAAUGACACAGAUAUACAUUGGUCAACAGCAUCAAUCUGGUUACUCUGUCAAGGUCAAUCAUAAUAUAUAUAUAUUUUUUGAUUGACCACAUUGACUCACUCCAUUAAAAGAGCAACAAAGUCCACUCAGGAGAUGCAUCAGCAGCAACCACAGUGCUGUAGCAGCUCAGAGCGAUUUGUUCUGCUUUGGACACUUCCAAUCCAAGGUCUGCAUUCACCACCAGGUUGCUAAGGUACAAUGAUGGAAUCAAAGAGCUGUAAGUGAACCUUCUCUCACAUCUACACUCACAGACACAGAAAGAAAGAAAGAGAAUUACCUCAAAAGAGCUCCAUCUUUAGGUUGACCUCCUCAAAUUUGCAUGUGUUACUGAUGAUGACAGAUGAAGAUAUUCAUUGCUUUUGUUUCUUCGGAGGCCUCACUCUGAUGAAUUGCAGCAACACUAUCCAAACUGCAAACAGAAUUAUAGGUUUGUCUCUAAUAAUACUAUUUGACCAAAUAAAUUGUACGAGAACUCAUAGUUCUUUUCGGUGGUUAGUAUCAGAACCGAUCAUCGAUCA